UCGCGAGCUCACACUUCCAAAACAAAGGCACCGCAAAAGCGGAGCUCUGCAAUGGCUACCAUGGCGGCUCGCAUCCUGCUGAUGUUGGCCUUGGCCAGGGCAGACAUGUACCUGAACAAUCCCCGGGGCUCCAACAACAAGUUACGGGAGCAGAGCAACAACGUGCAGAAUGCCAACCGGCUUUUCGACUCGCAGAACAACGCCGCCUCUGGCUACCAGAUUGGUGACGACUGCAAGCCGGCAUGCAAGGACGGAAAUAACAACUAUGACGUCACCAAAGAAGGUGCGACCAAAGGAACCAUGAAGUUCUACCAAGGAUCCGAGCUCUACAUUGAGUGGCACCAUCAGCACGGGUGUGGCGUUGGCCAUCCCAACCUGAAGUGCCAGAUCAUCCUGCAGUACAUGAGUGAAUCCGAGAAUGCCAACCUCCGCGAUGGCACAGGCCAGGACACUGCUGGAGGGGACGGUAACGACCCCACGGCGGAGGGCACCGCGGAGCCCGCGCGGGGCUACCACGAGCCCUUGGACUUCUAUCAGGCAUGCGCUCAGCGCGAGCGCAACAAGGGUCUCUACACUGCCGACCGGCAGAUGGAGGAAAAUGGUGGCGCCACCAGCACCAGGCAGAACCCCAACGGCAACGGCCGGCGCAGGGGCAAUCAACGCAACGGCUUGGAGUGUCCGGAGGAGAGGGACUAUUACCCCUACUGGCACCCUUCGCCCUGGCACGAUAUCGCCAUCCUGACCAACGAGCCAGAAGUACGCUGCGAGUACUACAAGCAGGAGUCGCAGAACGUCAAGGCCAAGGGCAUUUGUUCUGAAGCUGCCUACAACAACCCCGACGCCUGCGGCAGCAACGGCGGACAGUGGACGGAGACCAAGUCCUGGUCCGAGCCGCCACCGGACUGCAUUGGCGGACUGCAGAGUCGGGACAACCACAACGGCAACAUCCGCAACGGCCAACCGCAGUACUACCUUUGGAAGAUUCCCCAUCACCUCGAAGGUCGGACGGUGCUGCGGAUCCGCUACAACAUCACCACCGGGGACUUCCGGUACGGCUCGCUGGCGCACCCCGUGGAGGAGGGCGCCGAGCUCACAGGGGAGCUUGCGGACUCCUUUUUCAUGGACAAGCGCUUCAAUGACCCCAAUCCCAACACUCGCCGCCGCAGUAUCUUCAAGGGCCGGCCAGAAGUGCCGGUGCCCUUGGCCCAAGAUCCGGUGGCGGACUGGCUGAACCUGGGGGGCGAGAAGUGGCUUCUGCAGCUCCAAGUGAACACCAACCAGUUCGGCCGCACCUUCGAGGACCGCACCCACUCCUUCAUCGUUAUGGAGCGGCCGCAGAACGCGCAGACGCAGCGCAUCGUCAAUUACAACGUACGCGGACGACGUGGCAACAUUGUGCAGGUGUACCCGUCUGUGGAGUAUGACUUUGUGCCCGCGGAUCUGUCGGUGGAGGUGGGCACAUUGCUGCACUUCCAAUGGGCGGGCUCCGAUGCCAACAACAACGGCAACGCAGGCAACGGCCGUGCGGGCACGGACCGAUCCAACCUGGUUCAGAUGCAGAGCAGAGAUGAGACGAUCCCAAUGCCCAUCGAAAAGCACACCUUGCUCUUCGACGCUACCGUCAACCCUAACGAUGAGGCGGGGCGGGGCUUAGUGGAGAAGUUUGCGUACCUCGACCAGGACAGUAUCGUCACCUGCGACCCCGAAGACAACGACCAGAACUCAGAGACAAACUGCAAGCAGCUGAAUGGCGCCUCCGCCUACUUCAACGGCGGCCUUGUCGAGAUGAAGCAUGUAGGGGAACACUACGUGGUGAGUACCCGGAACAACGACUUCAGCAACCGUUCCCAGAAGGCCACCAUCCGCGUGACCGGGGUAAUCCUAGAGCUCUACGAGAACGUGCUGGUGGCUGCAGGGGCGACUGUGGGGGUGCUGAUUCUGCUGUAUUUGCUGGCGGCGAUUUGGGCCUACAGGUAUCCCGGCAGCUGGCUCUUUUCCAGCCGCUACCGGCCUCGGAUCCUGCGCUGCUGCGUGAAGCAGGAGCGCAUGAUGGAGAAGAUCGAGCAACGGCGCCAGAUCGUAGCCCAGCGCAGGAAGGCCUGGGCCAAAAAGAGUGGUGCCUACACCACGGACGAGGAGGGCGCGUCCGGGGAGGCAGCAGACAUGGCGAUGCCGGACGAGAAGCUGACCUGGGUCCAAAGCUUCAACCGUGGCUGCAAGAGAUGCGGCCUCGGUGAGAACCGGCUGACCACUUUCCUGUACGGCCUGCUGAACCUGGCGGUGUUCCUCAUCGGCGUGCUGUCCAACCUCAGCGGGGGCUUCCAGGGCUCCUGGGCCUAUCCCUUGGCCAAGGGCGGGGGCUACUCCAUGGACCUGAACUUUGCCAUGCUAGUGCUUCCCACCCUCAAGAGUCUGCAGACUGCCACCAGGCGAGCAAGCUCGUCCCGCGAGUGGAUUCCAGUUGACGACCCUAUCAACUUCCACAUCACCAUCGCUGGCUUCACCUUCCUUGGGGCAGCCAUUCACAUUGCCGCGCACGUGGUGCAUGCCCUGAGUAUCCACAAUGCGCCUACCAUCCAGCGAGAUCCAUUGGAUCUCAUGAAGCUCUCGAAGGAUGAGAUGACGAGCGGUAUGUCCUUGUGGCACCAGGUGUUCAAUCUCCAAAAUCGCUGCGCGGUACUCUCUGGCCUGGUGCUCACUUUCAUGAUGGUGGCCAUCCUUCUCACAGCGAUGUCCUGUAGCCGCCGCGGCACCAACUGCCUUACGCGGCGGCUUGGGGGCUUCAACUUGUUCUGGCGAGUGCACAUGUCUUGGAAGUUCAUCUACCUGCUGCUACUGCUUCAUGCCCCAGCGCGGCUGUGGAUUUGGUUUUUCUUCCCAGCCAUCUUUGUCAUGGUGGAUCGCUUGCUCCUGUCCAACCACCAGGAGAUGUACCUCACCCUGAAGCAGGUGAAGCUCCUUCCGAGAGAUGUCAUUGGCCUCAGCUUCGAGGUGCCUCAAGGCUUUGUCUACCAGGCGGGGCAAUACAUUCUGCUGGGCUGGAAGGGCGAGUUCCAUCCCUUCACCCUCACCUCAGCGCCGGAGGAGAGCUGCAUCUCAGUGCACAUCCGCGCGCCCAACAGCUGCGACUGGUGCUCCGCGCUCCGGAAGCGGCUCACGGAGACGGCGCCCGCGCAGGCGGUGGGCGAUGCCCCGAAGGCACCCAAGGCGCCUCAAGUCUUCGAGUACAAAAAGCACACGCUGCAGAAUAGCCAAAUCGUGUACAACGUGCCCAAGGUCACAGUGAUGCCUGGCGGCCGCGCCAAUGUGAGCUCAGCUGUUCCCACUGCUACAGACAAGGUGGCGCUGCCGGGGCAGGUGGCCCCGCCGUCGCUGCCCACCGACAGUUCGGCGCCCUCCAAGCCACCACCCCUGCGGCCCGAAGGCGAUCCCAUGUCCAAGUCGGGGGAGAGCCUCAUGAGUUCGGCUGCAGAACAGUUGCUUCCCCCGGAGGCGGUGGUGCUGCAGGUCACGGGGCCCUUCGGGGCGCCGGCGCAGAAGGUCUGGGGCUUCGACACGCUGAUGGUGGUGGGCGCCGGGAUCGGCGUCACGCCCUUCGCGUCCAUCCUCCGGUCUGUGCAGUUGCGCGCCAAGCAGCGAGAGACCAUCCUGCGGCGCAGCAGAGACGAUCCAUCACUCGAGAAGAUGGUCAAGGACCUCAUCCAGGUCCCAAAGAAGAUCUACUUCUACUGGAUUUGUCGCGGACAGGAGGAGUUCGAUUGGUUCUGUGACCUGCUGUCCGCAGCGGCCGAGGGGCCGGCGGCCAGCAUCGUGGAGAUUACACUCUUUCUGACGGGCGAGCACGAGCUCUCGACAGUGAAGAAGCUCCCCUGCGCCACGGGCCAAUUCUUUGGGCGGCCGAACUGGGGCCGCAUCUUCAAGCAGAACAGGGACAAACACCCAGGCGAGCACAUUGGCGUCUUCUUGUGUGGGUCCCCAAUCAUCGGCGUGGAGCUGUCGAAGCAGAGCCAGAAGAACUCGGAUUUGCUCGGUGCCCCGAAUGCCACCCGCUUCUCCUUCUUCAAGGAGCACUUCUAACGCAUCGAUCGCGGACAACAAUCGUUGCAAAGUCAGGAAUUCCGCUGCGCGCCCGCCGAGGGAGCCAGUUAUUUGCUGCCCGUGAGAGAUUUCGGGCUGCGAAUGGCAUUGACUUUAACUGCACUGCUUUUUUAUGGUGGCCCAGCGCGGCCCAAAUGGCAGUUCCGAUGAUGGGGCAACGUGGGGGCGUCCAUUCUUCUUCCA